AUGUUUAUCAUAAGUUGGUUUAAAGAUAUUUUAGCACAUUUAGGAUUAUCUCAAAAAAGCGCAAGAAUAUUAUUUUUAGGUUUAGAUAAUGCAGGAAAAACAACAUUAUUACAUAUGUUAAAAGAUGACAGAGUAGCACAACAUGUUCCUACUUUGCAUCCUCAUUCAGAAGAGUUAGUUGUUGGAAAAAUUAGAUUUAAAACUUUUGAUUUAGGUGGACAUGAAACCGCUAGAAGAAUAUGGAAAGAUUAUUUUGCAGCUGUUGAUGCUGUUGUAUUUAUGAUUGAUACAACUGAUAGAUCUAGAUUUAAUGAAGCUAGAGAAGAAUUAAAACAAUUAUUAGAAACAGAAGAAUUAAGUAAUGUUCCUUUUGUUAUUUUAGGAAAUAAGAUUGAUAAACCAGAUGCAGCUAGUGAAGAUGAAUUAAGACAACAUUUAAAUUUAUUUUCUAAUAUGACUAUGGGAAAUAAUGUGAAAGGUAAUUCAGGAGUUAGACCAGUUGAAUUAUUUAUGUGUAGUGUUAUCAGAAGAAUGGGUUAUGCAGCUGCAUUCAAAUGGAUAUCACAAUUUUUAACCUAA